AUGCAGAAAUUUAAAGACAAGCUCGAGCAGAAGUUCGACCAGUUGGAAGAGUCUCUCAAAGACUCCCAUCUCGACUCCCAGUUCCAUGAUGCUAGAGCUGGUGCAGCUCAUAUGAAACACAAGGUCGGCAAAUUUUUUAAUAUUAUCAACCCAAAUCACCGUCACGAUGAGGCCCACGAACAAGCUACCGAUGAGAAACGAUCGGCCAUUGCCGAGUCCCACCGCUUCCAAUCAUAUGCGCCUAUCCAUGAAGGUAAUCGCAUCAAGUGGUAUGUUGAUGGACUAGAUUAUCUCUGGGCUGUCUCGGAGGCGCUGGAGAAGGCUACUGAGACCAUCUAUCUCGCUGAUUGGUGGAUAUCUCCUGAGUUGUUCCUCCGUCGUCCUCCUGUACAACAUCAAGAAUGGCGGUUGGAUCAUAUUCUAAAGCGUCGUGCCGAGGCGGGUGUGAAGAUCUACAUUAUCGUCUACAAGGAGGUUAACCAAGCUCUGACUUGCAAUUCGGCACACACCAAGCAUGCGUUGCAAAAUCUAUGUCCUGAGGGUACACCCGGUCAUGGCAAUAUUCGUGUUUUGCGCCAUCCGGACCACAACAUCUUUGAGAAUGCGGCAGACAUGACUCUCUACUGGGCACAUCACGAGAAAUUUAUUGUCAUUGACUACGCGAUGGCCUUCAUCGGUGGAAUUGACCUCUGCUUUGGACGUUGGGAUGCCCGCCAACACCCUCUUUCCGACGUACAUCCAGCUGGUCUGCGGGACGACAUCUUCCCCGGUCAAGAAUUUAACAACAACAGAAUUAUGGACUUCCAAAGUGUUGAAGAUUGGCAGAGUAACGAAAUUAGCAAAGCCGAGUACGGUCGUAUGCCGUGGCACGACGUCGCAUUCGGGCUUAUUGGCGACAGUGUCUAUGAUAUCGCGGAGCAUUUCGUUCUCCGCUGGAACUUUGUCAAGCGUGACAAGUACAAGCGAAGUGAUAAUGUAGACUGGAUCACUCUGGAAGGCCGUCUUGGAGAGGACGAGGAUAUCGUUGCUGUUCAGCGGCCGAAGUACCCUUGCGGUGAAUAUAUCCAGCAUCCCCUUACGCCAUUAUUGAGUAAGCCACGUGGACAGCAAGGCUCCGUUCGUGCGCAGCUGGUGCGAAGCAGUGAUGAUUGGAGUAGCGGCAUCUUGAAUGAGCAUAGUAUUCAGACUGCUUACAUCGAGACUAUUCGUAAUGCUCAGCAUUUCGUCUACAUCGAGAACCAGUUCUUUAUCACUGCUACCGGUGACCAGCAACGCCCAAUAGUCAACACUAUCGGCCGUGCUAUUGUUGAUGCCUGCGUGAAAGCUGGCAAGGAGGGCCGCAAAUUCCGCGUCAUCAUCGUUAUUCCCGCCAUUCCUGGGUUUGCGGGUGACUUGCGUGAUAAUGCUGCUCUAGGCACCAGAGCCAUUAUGGACUAUCAGUAUAAGUCGAUCUGUCGAGGCGAGCACUCAAUCAUGGGCCAGAUUGAAAAUGCGGGCGUCGACCCGAAAGAGCACGUCUUCGUAUUCGCUCUACGGGCUUAUGAUAGAAUUAAUAAGUCCCCAGAGCUUGAGGAAUUUAUGAAAAAGGCCGAUGUCACUUACCAGGAUAUUCAACGUGGUAUUGCCGAGUCCAUCAUGAGCGAGAGUGUUCAUCCUUCCGUCGGUGACGAUGCGGACAAGAACGAAAAGAGCUACGAAGUUGAUAACAAUCAGAAACAAGAGCAACUGAACAAGCUGGCGAAAUACGAGGAGCAGGUUGAGCAGCACCGCGAAGCCUUGGGCGAUGCUAGCAGAGACUCUGUGGCUCAUACCACCAUGUUGAAUGGUGGUAAGAUGUCUGACGAGGUCUGGGAAGGCGACCCCGAGGCUGAAAAGGCAAACUUUGUACAGGAAGAGCUCUAUGUACACGGGAAGGUUUGCAUUGUCGAUGACCGAAUCAUUAUCUGCGGCAGUGCGAACAUCAACGAUCGAUCGCAGCUCGGCUCCCACGACAGCGAACUGGCCAUCGUAAUGGAAGACCAGGACUUCAUCGACAGCACAAUGGACGGUCAGCCAUACCGUGCAGCCAGACUGGCGGCCACAUUGCGCCGACAGCUCUGGCGCGAACACAUGGGCCUCCUCGAAGCCCAGGACUACGAUGCAUCCGAAUCAGACAACGCCAAGCCACCAGACGUCUGUCUAAACUCGAUUCACGAAGGUGCUGAGAACGACUUUGUCGCCGAUCCACUCUGCGAUGCGGUCUGGAACGCCUGGACUGAGCGGGCUACUACUAACACCGAAACCUAUCGGGUGCUAUUCCGGGCCGAUCCAGACGAUCACAUCAAGACCUUUGAAGAUUAUGACCACUUCUACCCUCGCGGUGCGCACAAGCAGGGCCAUCUGUUCGAUCCGUUCAUGCCGGCUCAAGAGGUGCGUGAGAAGCUGGAUCGCAUCAGGGGUCAUUUGGUGUGGCUGCCUUUGAAUUUCCUGUGUGAUGCUGAGAUGGCUGAACCUGGGCUGGCUGUGAACCAGAUCACCGAGAGCAUUUACACGUAG